GUGACAGGAAUGAAAAUACUACGCCAUGUUGUCAACUGCCGAGCCAUUUAGACAACUCAUGAGCGGAUGCGCGCGCAUAUACAUUCAACAUCGACAUGUUGACCAAAGAACACUAGCUGCACUCGGAAGCGCCUAACCGAACUCUUAAAAAAAUAAAUCACAAGGAGAGAUGUCGACCGAAACUACAUCCCUGUCUUACACCUCCCCACCAUCAACUUCGACGGCAAACAGCUCCUACACCAACGACGACCGCGACGAAAUCUUCAACGAAUACACCGGCUUCCGAGUCCAGACGCUGCCCUAUGUCUUGUCCAUUGACAUCAUUGCCGCCCUUGGCAUCGUUGGUAACAUUUUGACCAUUGUGUUGAUGACGUCAAAGACGCAACGCCGAUACUCGUACGCAAUCUACAUGACGUUUCUUGCCGUCUUCGACUCCCUGGUUCUUGCUAUGGUUGCAGCAGAGGACACCCUUGACCAUAUGCAUGACCUCUUGGAGACCUUCUUGAACAGCCACAUCGCAGUGUGCAAACUGUGGACAUUCAUACUUGAGUGCUCUUUGAUAAUAUCACCCUGGUUGCUUAUGUCAAUGUCGGUCGAUCGCUACGUUACCGUAGUUCAUCCAAAAUACACUGAACGCAUCUGUAGGCCCCUUGUCUCUUUAGCCGUAAGCGCAAUCAUAUGUGUUGUUGCCAUGGUAAUGGUAUCACCCCUAGUCCACGCAGCGGAAUACGUGCCUGAUGAAGAAACAGAGCAAGGCUUCAUCUGUGGAAUGGUUAACCCCGAUCUUGAACAUUAUUAUAUGUUCCUGUCUGCUAUAAUGGAAUCAUUGCUGCCCGUGUCGCUCUUGUUUGGUUUCAAUAUUCACACUGUUGUCACCCUGUGUCGAUCUGUAAGGGGCGCGUUAGAUAUCAGGGAAACCAAUAUCCGAAAAAUCACCAUAAGCAUCGUCUUGGUGUCGAUUCUUUCCGCCGUGGCUCUUGUUCCAUUCGCGAUUGUGUCCCUGAUUGAAUACAUACUAAUCCUGUCAGACACCGACAGGUACCUCAUCGGGCUCUUCGGAAGCUUGUGGCACGUGUUUAACGUUAUUCGUUUGGUAAACUACGCGAUGAAUUUCUAUGUCCUCAUCAUAUCUUCAAUCCACCACAGAACCAUGUUGAUUGAGAAAGUCACCUGCUCGCGUAACGUUAAUCAAACCCAGUUGGAAAUGACAAAGAUUGGCGACGAUGACACAAGGAUUGAUACAAACGUAUCGGCCGUAGCAGAUGCUUGAAUCUGUUCACGUGAACAUCCAACAAAUUUCUCAAAAUUAUACCGCAAGCCUUAAGAAUCCAUGGAUGUGUCUGUGUUCAACUGUCAAUCAUUUGUUGACAUUGACCAAUCAAAACGUUUCAUUUACUUUCGUGUGUGACGUCAAACAUUACGUCAUUAAGAAUAUUAGAAGUGGUUAUUGUUGACUCAUGGCCUGUAAAUGCCAAACUGGUAGGGUUGCAACGAGACCUGCAGCUGAGCGUUGUAGGCCUAAAAAACGACACCUAGGCAUGUUCGUCUCAUUGCAUUAAUUACACUUCGCAGUAGAAUCAAACCUGCUCCUGUUAUCAGGAGAGAUUUCCGUACAAUAACCAUCUUUCCGAGGACUUUUUCAGUCAGUUAACUCCUUUGCCUCGAGAAGAUGUAAAAUAACAGAAAGACGAUUUCUACAUCAAAGACCGGCUCUAUGCAACGCACCCGAGGUGGAGAAUAGGUCUUCAGCAACCCAUCCUUGUUUGAGGCGACUAUGCUUGUCAUAAGAGGCGGCUUACGGGUUCGUGUGGUCAGGCUCGCUGACUCAACUGCGAAGAUCGAUGCUUGAGAUGUCAAUUACAGGAUUGUCUGGUCCAGACUACGUUAUUUACUGACCGCCGUCAUAUAUCUCAACUGUUGCCGACUGCGGCGUUAAACAACAAGCGAGCAUUGUGUUGAACAAUACACUUUUUUACCUUGUGUGAAACGUUCCUCUUUACUUGAAUAAAUAUAAUCAUCCGAAA